GAGUCUCUGUAUGGUUGACUUCAUACUUGAAAUGGGUGAAAGAGAAUUCAAGAUGAAGUUCCAUGCCGUGGCUACCGUUCUUGUAGUCCUUCUCAUUUCUCCAAGGGAAAGUGGAUCAGCUCCACUCCUUGGGGGCGGACUCGGAGGAGGCUCUGCGGGUCUUAGUUCACUGGCCGGAGGUCCUGCGGGUGUUAGUUCACUGGCCGGAGGUGCUGCGGGUGUUAGUUCACUGGCCGGAGGUGCUGCGGGUGUUAGUUCACUGGCCGGAGGUGCUGCGGGUCUUGGUUCACUGGGCGCACUCGGCGGAAGCUCUGCGGGUCUUAGUUCACUGGCCGGAGGUGCUGCGGGUCUUAGUUCACUGGCCGGAGGUCCUGCGAGUCUUGGUUCACUGGGCGGGCUCGGUGGAGGUCCUGCGGUUCUCGCUUCAAAGGGUGGACUCGGCGGAGAUUCUGUGGGUCUUGGUUCACUGGACGGACUCAGCGGAGGUUCUGCGAUUUCUGGAUUAAACAUAGUGGAUGAUGCUCAUGUGUUGGCUCACGACGUUGUAGACAAAGCUUUACAGGUCAUUGAAUCAUCAAGCUCUCAGUCUCCAAACCCACAAAAUAUUGUUUCUCAGGGUUCUUCAAGUUCUGUUCAUCCAGGCCAAAACAGUGGAUUUUAUAAGGUCAUUGAAUCAUCCAGCUCUCAGUCUCCAAACCCACAAAAUGUUGUUUCUCAGGGUUCUUCAAGUUCUGUUCAUCAAGGCCCAAGCAGUGGAUUUUAUAAGGUCAUUGAAUCAUCAGGCUCUCAGUCUCCAAACCCACAAAAUUUUGUUUCUCAGGGUUCUUCAAGUUCUGUUCAUUCAGGCCCAAGCAGUGGAUUUUAUAAGGUCAUUGAAUCAUCAAGCUCUCAGUCUCCAAACCCACAAAAUGUUGUUUCUCAGGGUUCUUCAAGUUCUGUUCAUCCAGGCCAAAACAGUGGAUUUUAUAAGGUCUUUGAAUCAUCCAGCUCUCAGUCUCCAAACCCACAAAAUGUUGUUUCUCAGGGUUCUUCAAGUUCUGUUCAUCAAGGCCCAAGCAGUGGAUUUUAUAAGGUCAUUGAAUCAUCAGGCUCUCAGUCUCCAAACCCACAAAAUAUUGUUUCUCAGGGUUCUGUUCAUCCAGGCUCAAGCAGUGGAUUUUAUAAGGUCAUUGAAUCAUCAAGCUCUCAGUCUCCAAUCCCACAAAAUGUUGUUUCUCAGGGUUCUUCAAGUUCUGGUCAUCCAGGCUCAAACGGUGGAUUUUAUAAGGUCAUUGAAUCAUCAAGCUCUCAGUCUCCAAUCCCACAAAGCGUUGUUUCUCAGGGUUCUUCAAGUUCUGGUCAUCCAGGCUCAAACAGUGGAUUUUAUAAGGUCAUUGAAUCAUCAGGCUCACAGUCUCCAAUCCCACAAAAUGUUGUUUCUCAGACCCAUCAAUCUUCAAGCUCUCCUAGUUCAGUCGAUGUUUCUAAGAUUUCUGAAUCCAACUCAGCAGAUGGCAUUUCUAAGAUUGUUCACCAUGUCGCAGACCCAGCUUAUGUGGCUGCUCACCAAACCGCAGAUGCAGUUUCUCGGAUUCUUGGACCAAACCAAUUGAAUGGCAUUUCUGGGAUUUUUGGAUCAAGCCCAUUGAAUGGCCUUUCUGGGAUUUCUGGAUCAAGCCCAUUGAAUGGCAUUUCUGGGGUUUCUGGAUCAAGCCCCUUGGAUAGCUUUUCUGCGAUUUCUGGAUCAAGCCCAUUGAAUGGCGUUUCUGGGAUUUCUGGAUCAAGCCCAUUGAAUGGCGUUUCUGGGUUUCCAGGAUCAAACUUUGUGCAUGGUGUUCCCGGGUUUCCAGGACCACACUUUGUGAAUGGCGUUCCUGGGGCUUCUGGAUUACCAGGCUUUCCUGAUUCAAAACCACAGAGUGUUGUUUAUGAGAACCCUGGUGCUUCAAGUUAUGUUGUUUCUGGCUCAAGCAGUGGACAUUCUGAGAACCCUGGUGCUUCAAGUUAUUAUUAUUCUGGCCCACUCAGUGGAGGUUUUCAGAACCCUGAUGCUUCAAGUUAUUUUGUUUCUGGCCCAGGCAAUGGAGCUUUUGAGAAUUAUGGUGAUUCACGUUAUUUUGAAACAAUCUCACAUGGUGGAAUUCCUCAGAAUUAUGGUGAUUCACGUUAUUUUGAAACAAUCUCACACGGUGGAAUUCCUCAGAACUCUGGUGCUUCAAGUUAUGUUGUUUCUGGCUCAAGCAGUGGAAUUCCUCAGGCCCAAAAUUCUGCUGGCUCAGGCACAGUGUAUAGAUAUCAUGAGGUCCAAAAUUCUGCUGGCUCUCUGCCCUCAGGCGCAGUGUAUAGAUAUCAUGAGAUCCAUAAUCCAUCUGGCUCUCUGCAUCCAGUGCAUAGCAUUUCUGCGGUCUAGGACCACUGAGGCCAUGACUUACGGAAGACACUGGUCCACAAUGCCUUGCCGUUGGUCUGCCUUCUGCCUCACCAUUUCCAGCCAAUCAUAGAUCUUAGUAAUACAGUCUAUAUAAAUUCUGUAAUCCUUGCUGAUUUUUGUCAUCUUUAUGACAACUACUGAUCUACUUUGUGCAACAAUAAAAAAGCAUUCAUGUUAAAA